GGCCCCAAUCACAUCACAGGCCCCAAUUCCCAAAAUUGAAUUUCAAUUUGCAAUAAUUAAUAAAAAUAAAUAAUAACUAUAGCAAAAAGAAAUAAUUAAAAGUUCGGUACAAUGGCGCAUAAAAUUAAAGACGCUGCGAAAAAGUUUCUUUUGCUUGGCCAAUGUGUACCUACGGUGAAACAAAAUGCAGCAAAAAUUCGUGUGAAGAGGUUAGAAUUGGACGAAAAUUUAUUGAUGUAUUUCAGGAAAGAUGAAUUCUACUAUUGCCAUGAUCCAAAUAAAAUGUGCAAGACUGGGGAUAUCGUUUUAAUCAAAGCAUUACCUCAAAAAAUGACUAAAUUAAUAACACAUGAAGUAAAAGAAGUAGUGCAUCCGUUUGGUGAUGUUACAGAUCCCAUAAGUGGAAAGAAAGUUGCGAAAGCGUAUUAUCGUGAAGAUAUUGAUAGACAAGCAGAGUUGUACGGCAAACUCGAUUCUGCGUUUGAUUACGAUAAAGCACCUCCCAGAGGUUGGCAAGAUGGAAAGAAAGAUUUUACAUCAAAACCCACAUAUACAAAAUUCCAUGUUUUUGAUGAGAAUGAUCCUUAUGCAAUUUAGAUCUAAGACUUUAAUAUUAUGUAAUUUAUAGGUAGUGUAAAUAUAUGCUUAGAAUACAA